AGUUUGGGGCAACCUACUUAAGGCCAUGAUGAAUCAUUCUUGAUACACGCCGAGUUGGCUAUUGUGCAUAAGUAAUUUGAAGCCAAGUCAUAUAGAGAGUGCUUGAAGGUCUAGGGAGUCUGGUUUGGAGAGGCGUAAACGCAGGAAGGACGAGCACCUUUUAGCAGAAAGCAGGGUGAGGGAAAACUGCCACCGACUGCAGUUGGCUGGCUGCUCGCCUAAUGAGGAAGUGCGAAGGCGUGGCCCCCCCAGCGUGCCGGGUUGGCCUAGAACGCCGGAAGGGGCGGGGCGGACCCGAGCGCCGUCGGAAGUGGCCGGCGGGACGCCUUGCUUGCGGUCAGGCCUACGCGCGUUCCGUGGGCCCAGCGCGAUGGUGACGUUCCGUGACGCGUCAGUGGUUGCCGGCGCACGGUGUGGGCGUUCGGAGUCGGGCGGCUCCUCUCUUCGAAGCACCUCUGCUCGGGAGCGGGCGGCUGCGACUGCACCUUGGGCAGCCGUCCGGGCCGAGAACCAUGAGCCCCGGGGGCGCAGGCUGCUCCGCCGGGCUGCUGCUGACAGUCGGCUGGCUGCUCCUGGCGGGCCUCCAGUCAACGUACGGGAUCAACAUCACCGCGGUCCAGGAUCCCAGCUUGGCCAACGAGGGCGAGGGCGAGGACGAGGGCGAGAACGAGGUCGAGGAGGAGGCUGAAAACGACAGCGAGGCCGAGAACGAGCCCCAGGCUGAGGCCGAGGAGGAUGUUUCAAAUAGGACAGUAGUCAAAGAAGUAGAAUUUGGGAUGUGCACCGUUACAUGCGGUGUUGGUAUAAGAGAAGUUAUAUUAACAAAUGGAUGCCCUGGCAGUGAAUCCAAAUGUAUCGUACGGGUGGAAGAAUGUCGUGGACCAGUCGAUUGUGGCUGGGGUAAACCAAUUUCAGAAAGUCUUGAAAGUGUUAGGCUAGCAUGUGUUCAUACAUCUCCUGCAAACCGUUUCAAAUAUAUUUGGAGACUUCUAAGGCCAGACCAACAGGCCAUUAUACUUGCAAAUGAUUCAGCAAUCCUGGAGGUUCACAGGGAUACUCACCCCAAGGCUUUUGAGUGUGAAACCUUGGAUAAUAAUGAAAUAGUAGCAUCUAUUAAAUUCACAAUCUAUACAACAACUGAAUUGCAGAUGAAAAGAUCAAGCCGACCAGACACUGAUGCAGUCCUAAUUUUUGUUCUGACCGUAGGAGUUAUUAUGUGUAUAUUCGUGAUCUUUCUACUGAUGUUCAUAAUUAUAAACUGGGCGGCAGUCAAAGAUUUCUGGGGGGCAAAAGCUUCGACAACUGAGAUGCAGUCUGAGCUGAGUUCAAUGAGAUACAAAGAUUCAACCUGUCUUGACCAAUCACCAACAGAAAUACCUGGACAUGAAGAUGAUGCUUUAAGUGAAUGGAAUGAAUGAUGUAUGGAUGAUAUAUAGCAAACCAAAGAUUAGGGCAUAUCAGAUUCAUUAUUAUAAAAAUAAAAUAUAUAGUGAAAUACUU